GUUCCGUUUUAUUUUCCGGUGUUAAUUGAUCAGAUUCUCUUCGCUAAAAAAAAAAAAAAAAAAACGCCACAGAGAAUCACUUUUGAGAUCCGGCAAUAAAAUGUCAAUUUCCCUUUAAUCUCGCCUCUAUCACAAUUAGGGUUUUCACUAUCGUCCCCAAUUUCCGUUAAAUUACUACUAACCCAACUGUCUCCUCACUCAAUUCUAUGCCCAGUGUUCAUUGUCUUGGGUUCCUAGAUUCCAUUCACCUCUAAAAUUCUGUUUCUUUUGGACCGGAUCAAAACCGUCAACUGAGGUUCUACUGAUUUUUGCUGGGAUUUUCAUUGUUGUACGAUUUGUUGACUUUUGGGUUUGAAUUGCUGAUCAUAAGGAGCUGAGAUUGGCGGAAUUUGUGUGUGGUCGGUGUUGCAUGUUGGGAAUUACUGAAUUUGGAGCUCAAAUUCAGUAUUUUUUUUUUGUUGAAUGAUGAUAAGGAGAUUGAUAACGGUUUGGGUUUGAUAAUUUUUUGGGUUUUUUAGGGGUUGGCUUUGAUUUGGUGACUCUGCAUGUGUAACCGGUAAGGGGUCCUCUGCUAGAGUGUGGAGGAUCCCUAUUAAUUGUUUUAUUAUUUGCCUAAUUAUUAUUGUUGAAGAGGUUGAGAGAUGAAGAAAUGCAAAUGAUAACAAUCAGUUGAUUUGGAGGUUCUGUUUUUGGCAAGUUGAGGGGUUUUGCAUAAUUGGUAUUUGUGGAUUGGUAUUGAUUGUCCAGCAUAUUUAUAUAAAUUAUUUUGGGAGGGAAAUGUUUGGUUCUGGUGCAGCUACUGGCCAUGAUAAUACUGGAGUCGUUCCUAUGCGCUUUGUGUGGCCUUACGGAGGGAGGAGUGUGUUUCUCAGCGGCUCUUUCACUGGUUGGACUGAACACAUACCUAUGUCCCCAAUGGAGGGGUGCCCGACUGUGUUCCAAGUUAUUUGGAGCUUAACACCGGGACAUCAUCAGUACAAGUUUUUUGUUGACGGAGAAUGGCGGCAUGAUGAGCAUCAGCGUUCUGUAAGUGGGAAUUACGGGGUAGUAAAUACUGUUUUCGUACCCAUGGAACUGUAUGUGGAUCCUUCAGUUUUUGAUCUUGAGACAUCUGGAUCUAAUAUGGAGCUGGAUGAUGCCUUUUCACAUUCGGAAGCAAUCUCAAGGGUAUCAGAAGCUGAUUUGCAGGUUUCUCGUCACCGUAUUUCUGCAUUUUUGUCCAUGCAUACCGCAUAUGAGCUGCUUCCCGAGUCAGGCAAGGUUAUUGCCUUGGAUGUUAAUUUACCGGUUAAGCAAGCGUUCCAUAUUCUCCAUGAACAGCGUGUACCUCUAGCUCCUCUCUGGGACUUUUUAAAGGGCCAGUUUGUUGGAGUUCUUAGUGCAUUGGACUUCAUCUUGAUUCUGAGGGAGCUUGGAAAUAAUGGAUCUAAUUUGGAGGAAGAAUUAGAGACACAUACUAUAUCAGCUUGGAAGGAAGGAAAAUUAUAUCUUAACAGACAAAUUAAUGGCAAUGGGAGAGCACAUCCUUGGCAUCUCAUCCAUGCUGGGCCACAUGAUUCUUUGAAAGAUGUUGCAUUGAAAAUUUUGCAAAACAAAAUAUCGACGAUUCCCAUUAUUCAUACUUCUUCACCGGAUGGUUCAUUUCCCCAGCUACUACAUCUUGCUUCUCUGUCAGGAAUAUUAAAAUGUAUAUGCAGGCACUUUAGGCACUCUGCUAGCUCGUUGCCUGUUCUUCAACAACCUAUUUGUACAAUUCCUCUAGGUACAUGGGUUCCAAAAAUUGGGGAAUCAAAUAUACGGCCAUUUGCUAUGUUGCGACCAAAUGCUUCUCUUGGUGAUGCCCUAUCUCUUUUAGUUCAGGCUGAAGUCAGUUCAAUACCAAUUGUGGAUGACAAUGAUUCACUCUUGGACAUAUACUCAAGAAGUGAUAUCACUGCUUUGGCAAAAGACAAAGCCUAUGCGCAGAUUCAUCUUGAUGAAAUCAGUAUUCAUGAGGCAUUGCAGUUGGGACAAGAUGCAAAUACACCAUAUGGAUUCUACAAUGGACAGAGAUGUCAGAUGUGUUUGGGAUCCGAUCCUCUACACAAAGUGAUGGAGCGAUUGGCAAACCCUGGUGUUAGGAGACUUUUGAUUGUGGAGGCUGGUAGCAAGCGUGUACAAGGGAUCAUCUCAUUGAGUGAUGUGUUCAGUUUCCUGCUUGGUUAGCCUAGAUGUUGGCCAUGAUCUUCAUGGAAGCAUAUGCUAUUUAAACACUAAAGAUGGCACAUUUCUUUCCUAUUUGUUCUGUAAAGUCUCUUUGAUUGGAAGGGCCCCGUGCUUCUGAGCCACUUCUCUUUUAGGGUAGAAAAUUCAGAGAGCAUGAAAGAAUUUGUAAAUUGUGAGGAUUCAAAUUUUCCCCUUGCAGCCCAAUUAUUAUCAACUUAGUUGUGCUGCUUGAGCAGCUGUCAUGUUUUAGUGAUAACAGAAAAUGAGGCUUAAAGUGCAGUAAACUGCAAGUGGCACUGCAUACUGUUGGCGGGCGGUGCGUAAAAAUGAUGGGUGGUUGUUUCAUAUUCA